AUGACGAAAAUCUAUACAACAAUUUACAGCGAAAAAACGAUAUACACUACCGCAACAGAGCACGAUGUGUCUACCAAAGUUCAGUACGCAACUGAAUACGUUACUACGACAGCCCUCUCGACGUACACAAUGUCUUAUCCUGUGACGAUAACUACCACGAUCGAUUGUGAGCCUCCCUACAAGAGCGUUUAUGCGUCAACCAAGAGCGACGUGACUGCGCAAGUUCCAAAACUGAAGGGACGCACGUACGGCUGCAGGACGACAACGCUAACCUCCUGGGCAACGACCACCGCUACAAAGACCGUCACUGAGAUUGAGUCUGUUGUGACGACGCAAACGGUGCCACGGGAGACAACCAUUCACGACACCCACACCUUGGUCGACUCGACUACAAUCUGGGUGCCGACAACUUACACAGCGACCAAGACAGUGGUUAGCGAGCAUCCGGUCACCCUGACAGUCGACAAUACCAGGUACACGACGAAAUCCACCACCGUAGUGACGACAUUUGUGUCGACGGUGACAACGAGCUUCCCCGUGGUGACCACCAUGACGCUACCAGGUCAGACCGUGACGGCCCCCGGAGAGACCGUGACGGCUCCCGGCCAGACCCAGACCGUAACAGCCCCUGGCGGGACAAGCACAAUUACUCUUCCCGCCGUAACCAGGACCCUGCCCGGAAGCACAGUCGUCACCACGCAGAUGAAGACUCUGCCUCCGUCCACCAUCCACGUCACGGACCAACAAGCUACAAAGACAAUCACUCGGCCAGGAUACACGGUCAUAGAGACAAGCACGCUUACUAUCCCCCCUACAUCGGUCGAAAAGCCAGCCACCACCGUCACCGUAACGCCCUUGUUCGACGUCACCCUCUGUCCAACUCCCACAGGAGCGUCAGCGCCGUUGGACACAAAAUCAAACCGAACGUUUGGUUGCGAACCCGGCUUUGUCUGCAACCCCCCCAAGCCAAACGGAUGCAACCUCUGGCCCGAGCCCCCAGCCGACGACUUCCUCUGCGAUCCAAACGACUGUAUUCCCUCGCCGCCCUUUGCAAAAGUCGCAUGGGAAGGAUGCGAAACCAGCUACUACCCCCCUUCAUACGGCUACUUCAACCUGAAUCCCGAAGCGUUCGGUCUCUCCUACGACAUCUUCGAAUACAAAGUCAUCAACACGACCACCAACGGACACGCCUCACUCGUCACAACAGGAAACUGGGCUUCCCAAUCCUCGCUGACCGCCUGGCCCAAGCCAUCCCCUUCCAACCCGUCGCCGGCCUUGUACCGCCGAACGCGCGAGCCCACGCACGGUUCCACGCGCCACAAAGCCUGCCGCAAGUCCAAGAGAGCCGUAACCCCCGCCAUCUGCUUCGACGAGUGCAGCUACGCCUACAUCAUCGCCGAAAGUACCGGCAAAAGCGACCGGCUCUGCAAAGAGGGCUCUGACUUCCGCAACGCCGUCGCCGCCUGCUACAAGUGUAUCGACGCCAACUCCGGCCGCAACUCCACCACCCCCGUCAACGAGCCAAGCCAGCGGUUCGAGCAGUAUCUCGAGUACUGUCGCGGCUCGAGGGCCGAAAAGCCCCCUACCGCCCUGCCCACCACCCCCGAGCAGCUCGUCACCCAGCAGCCUACCAUCGGGACCAGCACCCAAGUCGAUGUCAGUCACCCGACCUUCACGCCAAUUUCGUCCACGCAGAGCACCACGCCGUCUGCCCCGUCGACCCGGAGCCCCACCGGCGCCGCGGUCUCCACCUCUCCCGGCGACACGCGCUCAUCGCAGACCACGUACGCGUCCACCUCUUCCGGCGAGACCACGCAAUCGUCUCCCUCUUCCGGAGAGUCUUCAUCGUCUGCUCUUCCGGGGUCUACAAGUGCUGGGAGCUCCGUCGCCCGGAAAUCCGGUACUUCCAAUAGCGAAGAGACGUCCUCGCCCACGGCUACCCAUACCACUGCACUUGCUACCUCCGGCGGCGGCAGUAGCCGUUCCGGCGGCGCCGGCAACACCGCUGUCGGAAGUGGCACUAGCUCCGGAACAGCAACCGGCUCCGUCUCCGGCUCAAUCUCAGGCUCGGGCUCGGGCUCGGGCUCCGGUCUCGGCUCCAGUCGCACCUCGGGGAACGGUCAAGCCAGCGGUACAGGACCACGUGUUAGCGAAAGCACCAGUGACGACGCCGGCGACAGCGGAAGCGGUCAGGUCGGCGCCACGACUGGCGGCGCGCCUGGCAACUCGCCAUCGUCGUCGCCAACGUCGUCUUUCAAAGUCUCAGCCGCCGCUUCUCGUCUUACCUUCUCCGCUGGAGCAAUCCUCGUUUCUUCCGUACUCGUCAUGAUGUACUAA